AUGACUCUGUCUCGGUCGGCUUGCCAUCUAAAAGGCCUGUCAGAAGAUGAAUGCCUAUCUUUAUUUGCCCAUCAUGCACUUGGGAAAGAAAACUUUGAUGCAGAUCCAACUCUGAAAGGUAUUGGUAUGGAAAUAGUGAAUAAAUGUAAAGGCUUGCCCUUGGCUGUAAAAACACUUGCAGGCCUCUUGCGGACUAAACGCCAAAAUGAGUGGGUAGACAUAUUGAAUAGCAAGAUAUGGAAUUUACCCGAACAAAGUGGUAUUCUUCCAGUCCUUCAAUUGAGCUAUCAUCAUAUCCCAUCUCAUUUGAAGCAAUGCUUUGCCUACUGUGCAACAUUUCCAAAAGACUAUAAAUUUGACAAAGCUGAGCUAGUUCUAUUGUGGAUGGGGGUAGGUCUUUCGCAGCUAUCAAAAGAAAAGGAUCGAAUGGAGGAUUUUGGCAAUAAGUGCUUUGAUGAUCUAUUAUUAAGGUCAUUUUUCCAACAAUCAGGUGGUAGUAAAUCAUUGUUUGUAAUGCAUGACCUUCUACAUGAUCUAGCUAUACAUGUUGCUGGAAAAAUAUUCAUUCGGUUGGAUAAGUUAGAGGGUAAUGAGCAAUUUGAACGAGCUCGACACUUGUCAUUUGUUCGUAAAAAAUUUGAAGUCUUUCAAAAGUUUAGGCCUCUUUGCAAAGUUCAACAUCUGCAAACUCUAUUAACGUUACCAGUUCAGACAUAUGCUUCGGCAGAAUGUUACUUAGCAAAAAGGGUUUUAUUUGAUUUAUUGCCAAAUUUGCAAUGCUUAAGGGUGCUAUCAUUGUCUGGUUAUUCCAUAACUGAGUUAUCAGACUCAAUUGGCCAUAUGAAGCAUCUCAGGUAUCUUAAUUUAAAUAAGACUUCAAUUCGAUCAUUACCUGAAUCAGUUAGUGCCCUCUACAAUUUACAAACAUUGUUAUUGCGUAGUUGUGAAAAUCUUUGUAUGUUUCCUCCAAACACUGAGAAUUUAAUUAAUCUACGCCAUAUUGACAUUGUUGAUACUGUGGAAUUACGAGAGAUGUCCUCAGGUAUUGGUAGGCUGGAGAAUUUGCAAACACUACCAAAGUUUGUUGUGGGCAGCAAAAAUAAUGGAGCAAGUCUGAAAGAGUUGGGGAAUCUGAGCCUUUUACGGGAGAGUAUUUCUAUUGAAGACUUGCAAAACAUAACAGAUGUUCGAGAUGCAAAUGACACAAAUUUAAGGAACAAGGAGUGCCUUAAUGAAGUAGAGUUGGCAUGGUGUAGUGGGUUCAAUGAUUCUCGAGAUGAAGACCUUGAAUUGGAUGUGCUUGACAUGCUGCAACCUCAUGUAAACUUGAAAAGGCUCAAAAUUAAGUUCUUCGGGGGCAGGGAAUUCCCGAAAUCUCGAAGUCAAUUCCCUUGCCUCCGUGAGUUCAGUUUGCAUGGUUGUCCCAAUUUGAUUACGGUUUCCCCUCUAAGGCUUCCCUCUCUUCAAAAAUUAUACUUGGAAGAGUGUGAGGAGGUGGUGCUAAAAAGUAUAGUUGGUGUGACCUCUCUAACUAGUUUGGAAGUUAUGGAUAAUAGAGGGUUGUCUCAGCUGGAGGAAGCAUUGGUGCAGUCUUUGGUAGCACUUGAAAGUCUAGUGUUUGAAAAUUGCAACCAGCUGAUGGCUUUGUGGCAAAAUGGCGGCGGAGUUGCACAGAAAAAUAAUCUUGUCCGUUUACAGAGACUGAGAGUUGAGUCGUGCCCCCAACUUGUUUCCUUUGGAGAAGAAUUAGAUGAUGGAGGGCUGCCUUGCAUUGAUCUUCAGGAAUUGUAUAUAAGAAAUUGUGUGAAUUUUGAGAAGAUGCCAAAUGAGCUGAAUAAGCUCACGUCUCUCACAUCUUUAGAGAUUAAUUGGUGUUCGAAACUUGUGUGCUUUCCGAAGGCAGGUGUCCCGCACAUGCUUAGAAGACUUGAGAUAAGCGAUUGCAAUGCAUUGAAGUCCGUGUCCCGCACAUGCUUAGAAGACUUGAGAUAA